AUGAUGGGGGAUUUGGAGAUUUCCAUCAUGGCGGCUUCCAUUUCGGGCUACACCUUCAGCGCUGUGUGUUUCCACAGCGCCAACAGCAACGCGGAUCACGAAGGGUUUUUGUUGGGAGAGGUCAGACAAGAGGAAACCUUCAGCAUUAGUGACUCACAAAUCAGCAACACAGAAUUUCUGCAAGUAAUUGAAAUCCAUAAUCAUCAGCCGUGUUCAAAACUUUUUAGUUUUUAUGACUACGCAAGCAAAGUUAAUGAAGAAAGUGUGGACAGGAUUCUUAAGGACCGCAGAAAGAAAGUUAUCGGGUGGUACAGGUUUCGUCGAAAUACUCAGCAGCAGAUGUCCUACCGAGAGCAGGUUAUCCACAAGCAACUCACACGGAUCCUGGGUGUGCCCGACCUCGUCUUCCUCCUCUUCAGCUUCAUCUCCACCGCCAACAAUUCCACUCAUGCUUUAGAAUACGUUCUCUUCAGACCCAAUCGAAGGUAUAAUCAGAGGAUAUCCCUUGCUAUUCCCAAUCUAGGCAACACUAGCCAGCAGGAGUACAAAGUGUCUUCAGUGCCAAAUACGUCUCAGAGUUAUGCCAAAGUUAUUAAAGAGCACGGUACUGACUUUUUUGAUAAGGAUGGAGUCAUGAAAGACAUCAGAGCGAUAUAUCAGGUUUAUAAUGCACUUCAAGAGAAAGUACAGGCGGUGUGUGCAGACGUAGAGAAGAGUGAGCGGGUGGUUGAAUCUUGUCAGGCAGAAGUGAACAAAUUAAAAAGACAAAUCAUUCAGCGGAAAACAGAGAAGGAGCAAGAGAGAAGAAUGCAGCAGGCGGUGCUAAGCAGACAGAUGCCGUCGGAAAAUCUGGACCCGGGCUUCAGCCCUCGGAUGUCCUCUUCUGGGUUUGCAGCCGAAGGUAGAAGUACACUGAGUGAUGCCGAGGCCUCAGACCCUCCUCCCCCAUACUCGGAUUUUCACCCCAACAAUCAAGAAAGUACUUUGACCCCUUCUCGCCUGGAGAGCAACGUCUUUAUGCCUCGACCUCAGGCUGUGGGCUCUUCCAAUUACGCGUCCACCAGCACCGGACUCAAGUACCCUGCAGGCGGGGCCGACCUCCUGCCUUCCCAAAGAGCAGCCGGAGACAGUGGGGACGAGUCCAACGACAGUGAUUAUGAGAAUUUAACCGACCUCACAGAGCCCUCUCACAACGAUUACUCACAGUCAAGGGAUUCGAGAGCCACAACACAUCCUGACGGGGACUCCAGGAACCCUCAGACCUCCCAGAUCUAA